AUGGUCCAGCAAAUAGAUCUCUCAAAGCCUGCUAGGCUACAGGUUGACCCGGACCAGAUUCAAGACGACGACAAGCCCCCUCAGACUGGACAUACUUUUAACGUAUGGUACUUGCAAUGGGCUGGUGGUGAUCCUACUGCUAGAGACCAAACGAAGCUGAAAUUUCGUUUGGACGUAGAAAAGGAUAGUGGAUAUACUCGUGCUAAAGACGGAAGGAGUCUGAUUUGUCUCUUUUAUUCACGUGGAUGUUGUUACAGAGGCAAAGAUUGCCUCUAUUUGCAUAGGCCUCCCAAACCAGAAGAUGCUAGAAUUGCUACACAGGAUUGUUUCGGUAGAGACAAAACCGGUGACUAUCGAGAUGAUAUGAGUGGUGUAGGUUCGUUGUCCAGGGUGAAUAAAACCCUUUACGUUGGAGGUAUUAUCGCAACUGACAAAAUCCACGAGCAGGUCUCAAAGCAAUUUCUGGAGUAUGGUGCCAUAGACAAGUUGAAGGUUCUACCGGCAAAAAAAUGUGCGUUUGUGAGCUUUCGCCUGGAAGCUGAGGCUCAAUUUACGAAGGAGGCGAUGGAUAGACAAUCUUUGGGAGAAAAUGAUGUUCUCACUGUGAAGUGGGCCAACGAAGACAUGAACCCAGAAGCACAGAGGCUGGUUCAACAAGAAAUUGAGGCGCAGGCCAUUGAAACCGUCAAAAGACUUCUAGGGUCUGACGAUUCCCUUUCAAGGUCAACAAAGCGUCAUAAACCAAGUAAAAACGCCUCUCAAGAACAGGAAACUGUUGAUGAAUCUCAAAUCUUUGAUGACAUUCCCAGGGAAGAGGUGGCACAUGAUCAUUCUGAAAUUGAGCAUAUACCGAUCGAAACGUCUGAAAGCAGGGACGGGCUCAUUGGAAAAGCAAGAUUAAAAUUGCUCAAAGAAGCCGUGACUCGAUACAAAGAGGCUCAGAAAACAAAAGCAACGCCCUUUAAAAGUCUAGCGACGGAGUACACAAGCGACUAG